AUGGAAUCCAUUCCAAGAAUAUAUUCAAAACAGCUGUCAUACCGCAUUGCAGUUCCUGAUGAUUUUACUCAGAUCGAUUUGCUACUUCAACAGCAUUUUAUUUCGCAGGAGCCAACGGCUGUAGCGCUUCAUCUAAAUCGAUCAACGCCAGGUUAUGUCGAGUUGCUUCAAGAAAUCACCACAGAAUGUUUGACUCAACCGUACAGCUUCGUUGCCAUAAAUGAAGAAAAUGAAAUUGUCGGGGUAAGCAUGAAUAAAAUGAGUCAUAAGCCCAGUCAAAAUGCAAUGGAUGAUUGGAAGCUAGAGAAUCCUGUUCGAAGCGGACUCUCCCCUUUAAAAAUUUUGCAGGUCUACUUGGCAAAACUUGGAGAGGACGUCGAGAAGCUAAUCGCAGCAGAUAGUAGUCAGAAAAUAUUGAAGAUUUCCAUCCUGUGUGUGCACCGGAAAUUCCAACGUCUUGGCAUCGCGGCCAAAUUGGUGGACUUGUCAAUUAAAAAUGACCGAGUAUUCAAUUUCUGUUGUGUGUUUGCAGAGGCAAUUGCCAAGGCCUCCCAAAACCUUUUCAAGAAGAAUUGCUUUGACGUCUUUCGUUUGAUAAAUCAUAAAGAUUUUGUAGAUGAAAAUGGAAAGAGAUUGUUGAACUGUAACGAUGGAACCGACCAAGGACAUUUAGUUUUUAAAAUAAUUCAGCCUUAG